AUGACUACCGCUGUAAUGAUGGAUUACGACUUCAAGAUGAAAACGCAGCAGGAACGAGCGAAAGUGGAAGACCUGUUUGAAUACGAGGGUUGCAAGGUAGGCCGUGGUACGUAUGGACACGUUUACAAAGCACGGCGCAAGGAGGGGAACGAUACGAAGGAUUAUGCACUGAAACAAAUCGAGGGCACUGGGCUGUCGAUGUCGGCUUGCCGUGAGAUUGCAUUGCUUCGCGAAUUGAAACAUCCAAAUGUGAUAAAUCUCAUCCGGGUGUUCUUAUCACACACGGAUCGUAAAGUGUGGCUGCUGUUCGAUUAUGCCGAGCAUGAUCUGUGGCACAUAAUCAAAUUCCAUAGAGCAGCCAAAGCCACGAAGAAACCAGUCAUGGUGCCGAAGGGAAUGGUGAAAAGCUUACUUUAUCAAAUAUUGGAUGGAAUUCAUUAUUUGCAUAGCAACUGGGUCUUGCACAGGGAUUUGAAACCGGCAAACAUUUUGGUGAUGGGAGAGGGAAAUGAACGUGGUCGAGUGAAGAUUGCCGACAUGGGAUUUGCCCGUCUAUUCAAUGCACCGCUCAAGCCACUGGCCGAUCUCGAUCCGGUAGUCGUCACCUUUUGGUAUCGUGCGCCAGAACUUCUGCUGGGUGCUCGGCAUUAUACGAAAGCAAUCGAUAUAUGGGCAAUUGGUUGCAUUUUUGCCGAACUGCUUACGUCGGAACCUAUUUUCCACUGCCGGCAGGAGGACAUCAAGACUAGCAAUCCGUACCAUCACGAUCAGCUGGACCGCAUAUUUAACGUGAUGGGCUUCCCACAGGACAAGGACUGGGAGGAUAUUCGUAAAAUGCCGGAACAUCACACACUCACGAAAGACUUUAAGCGUUCUAACUAUGCAAGUUGCUCGCUAGUGAAAUACAUGGAGAGACACAAGAUCAAGCCAGAUAGCAAAGCGUUCCAUCUGCUACAAAAGUUGCUCUUGAUGGAUCCGAAUAAACGUAUCACGUCGGAACAGGCUAUGCAAGAUCCAUACUUUUCGGAAGAUCCAAUGCCAACGGCCGACGUAUUUGCCGGCUGCCCGAUUCCAUAUCCCAAACGUGAGUUCCUCACCGACGAGGACCAAGAUGAUAAAGGAGAAAAACGACAACAACAGCAACAGCAGCAACAACAGCAGCAGCAGCAGCAACAGCAACAACAACAGCAGCAGCAGCAGCAGCAGCAGAACAAUCAGCAACAGAACAAUCAGCAACAAAAUCAACAGGGAAAUGUACGAACAGUGCGUAUAGUAGAUAGUCAACAGCAGCAACAACAGCAGCAGCAACAGCAGAACCAACAGAAUUCUCAACAACAACAAUCCGGAAACCAAAUGCAACAAGGUGGUGGUGGCGGAGGUGGACCCGGCGGUGCGGGAGGCGGAAGCGGCGGUGGUCAAAGUGGAGGUGGUGGGAUUGAUCACAACAAUGCCAAACGUGUAAGACUUUCUGGUCCAAACGGACAUCCGAAUAAUUCGCAAGGUGGGAUGACACAGCAAGAGCUAUACCAGCAGCAACAGCAACAAAAUCAACAACAGAAUCAAAUGAUGUUCAACAAUGCGCAGCAAGGAGGUUUCCAACAACGGUAUUAA